AAGACACAUACCGUUGGAAAUUCGUUUUGUUAUUUUUUCUAAUUCGAAUUUAUUUAAAAAUCUCCUGGUUUUUUGUUAGUUUUCUGAAUGAGACAGGAAUCACAAUGCUGUUGAAUUGCGCAAGGUUGACACACGGCUGCGCGACUCUCCGGGUUUCGCAAAUAAGUCAAAUCCGGUCGUCCACAUCAUAUAACCACUAUUUGGGCAGGUGCCUUCAUCGACGCACACCUAGGACACAUCUGGACCUCCACCAGAACCGCCCGCUCCAAUCGCUCCGCAUGCCGUGGUGGUGCAUGCGUCGCGAUUUCGCUCAGAGCAGCAAGUGGUUGGCCAGGAAUGCCAAGACAGGCGCUCCACCUCCAGUUGGAGCCAAAAUCGUGUCCACACCGGUGAAAAUGGGCAGAAGCCAGUAUGGCCGCCUAAUCAGCUUAACCAAAUCGGAGAAAUGGGUGCUGACAGCGGGCAUUGGUUGUUUGGUGGUUUCGUCGGCCAUCACCAUGUCGGUUCCUCUGUUUAUCGGCAAAGUUAUAGAUGUGGUCUUUAAUAAAUCCGGCCUCGAUAGUGCCGCUAUAAGCAAGCUUGGCGAGUACUCUGCGCUGCUUUUCGGGAUCUUUGUGCUGGGUGGUUUCGCCAACUUUGCCCGAGUCCAUCUGUUUGGAAAUGCCGCUCUCCGCAUAGUGCGCAACCUAAGAUCCCGAAUUUAUCGUUCCAUGCUGAUGCAGGAAGUGGGCUGGUUUGAUACUAAGGGCUCCGGCGAACUGAUCAACCGACUGAGCAACGAUACAUACAUGAUGGGCAUCUCACUAAGCCAAAACGUCUCCGAUGGCCUGCGAUCUGUGGCCAUGAUUGGCGUCGGCACGGGAAUGAUGAUAUACACCUCACCUCAAUUGGCGGCAAUGAGCGCCUUGGUGGUGCCUGCGAUGGCGGGCAUGGCCAUUGUCUACGGUCGGUAUGUUAGGCGUAUCACGAGAACGGAACUGGACAAGUACGCUGAGAUAAUGAAGUAUGCGGAGGAGCGAUUUGGCAAUGUCAAGACAGUGAAGACCUUCUGCCGGGAACAGCAAGAAGGGACCGCCUUCGAUGGCAAAUUGAACGAGGCUCUGCAGAUUGGCUACAAAGAGACCCGUGCCAGAGCCAUUUUCUUUGGAUUGACUGGCUUCUGCGGUAAUUUUAUCAUUAUAUCAGUGCUAUAUUACGGAGGCACCUUAGUUUUGCAAGACUCGCUAACCAUUGGAGCUCUGACUGCCUUCAUGCUGUACGCCGGCUAUGUGGCUAUAUCGAUGAAUGGGUUGUCCAACUUCUAUAGCCAGCUAAAUAAGGGCAUCGGUGCUUCAGAACGAAUUUGGGAGAUCCUAGACCGGGAGUGUACGAUUCCCAUUGACAAGGGUAUUGUGCCGGUGGAUAAACCGAUAGGCGAAGUGGGAUUUCAGAACGUCUACUUUACAUUCCCCGGACGUCCAGAAUCCACUGUGCUCUCCGACUUCUCAUUAAAUCUGAUGCCGGGAAAAACAACGGCAGUGGUGGGGCGUUCAGGAUCAGGAAAGACAACGAUAGCUCUGCUUAUGCUUCGGCUAUAUGAUCCGCAAGCGGGCACUGUCCAGCUGGACGGCAUCGAUCUGCGAACGGUGAAUCCACAGUGGCUGCGAAACAAUAUUGGUGCUGUCAGUCAAGAGCCGGUGCUCUUUUCAUGCUCGAUCCGAGAGAACAUCCUUUACGGCGCUAAUCCCGACGAAACCCCAAGCGAGGAGCAACUGCAGCGGGUUGUUCAAGAGGCGAAUGUCAGCCAGUUCACAGAUCAACUGCCAGAUGGCCUCGAUACGCUCGUCGGCCAGCGAGGAAUGAUGCUAAGUGGCGGGCAGAAGCAACGAGUGGCCAUUGCCAGGGCGCUAAUUAAGAACCCCGCCAUCCUGAUCCUAGAUGAGGCCACCAGUGCGCUGGACGCAGUUUCGGAGAACCUAGUACAAAAUGCUUUGGAUAAUCUUGUCCAGGGACGCACUGUGCUGACUAUUGCCCACCGACUUAGUACAAUCCGGAAUGCGGAUCAAAUCGCCGUCUUGAACGAGGGAAAGAUAGUGGAGCAGGGCACCUUCAAUGAGCUAAUGGGCAUCAACAAGGGUGUCUUUCGAGAACUGGUGGCCAGCCAGGCGUUCGGCGGCCAAAACUGAACAGACUUAAAGUGGGGGAUGCGGUAUUUUAGAUUAGAUGGACUUAAGAUUAGAUGUGGACCCAUCGCUAGUUGGUGGUGGCUUUGCUGGAACGACAAUUACCGGGCUAUGUGUUCAUUGUUCAAAUGUUUUUAUUUCCUUGUAAAAUAGACUCCAUUGACCAUUGUUAAA